CAAUUUGUUUUUGUGGUUCUCUUUUUUUAAGAGAAGGGUUUUGGAAAUUCCUUCGUCCUUUUCAAACUUAUACACCGAUUCUUUGUUGGUAUUCUGUUUGUUUACAAUUGAGAUCAUCGGUAUUACUCUUUGUGUUUUGGAGAAGGAAAGCUCGGGCGGCUAGCAACACGAUUGUGAUCUAAGAGCGAUACGUUUGGUAUAAAUCAAAACAAGUGAACACGGGAGAUAGCGCUGAAAUAUAACGAUGGCCGAGACACAGCUUGAGAGAAAGAAGCGAUUUCUUCUCGAAAGUGACGCCAAAACUGAGAAAUUGAAGGACAAAGGCGACACCACAAAGAGGUUCAAAUACCUCUUGGGGUUGACAGAUCUCUUUCGUCAUUUUCUGGAUAUGCGUUCUGCAAGAGACCCAGCUAUAAAGAAGCUUCUGAGGCAAUUGGAUCAAGAUUCGAGUCGUACAUCGUCGAAUAAACGCACAUCGCGCCGGAGAAAGACAGAACAGGAGGAGGACGCAGAGUUGAUGGAGGAUGAAGAGCACGAGGAUGAUUCAACUACCGUACUGUCUGAAUCACCUAGUUAUGUCCAGGGAAAGCUGAGAGAGUAUCAGAUUCAGGGUCUUAAUUGGCUAAUCUCGCUUCAUGAGAACAGCCUAUCAGGAAUUCUAGCGGAUGAAAUGGGAUUGGGUAAAACUCUCCAGACGAUUUCAUUCUUAGGUUAUCUUCGGUAUUAUAAAAACAUUGACGGUCCAUUCAUUGUCAUUGUUCCAAAAUCUACGUUGGACAAUUGGAGAAGGGAAUUCUUGAAAUGGACGCCGGACGUGAACGUUUGUGUCCUGCAAGGUACCAAGGAGGAAAGAUCUGAUAUUAUACAAAAUACCAUCUUGGAGGCAAAAUUUGACGUACUGGUGACAUCUUUUGAGAUGGUUAUAAGGGAAAAGGCGUCGCUAAAGAAAAUUGCAUGGCAAUACAUCGUUGUGGAUGAGGCACAUAGGAUUAAAAAUGAGGAGAGUGCACUCUCACAAAUCAUCAGACUCUUUUAUUCAAAGGGGAGAUUGCUCAUUACAGGAACCCCAUUACAAAAUAACUUGCAUGAGUUGUGGGCGUUGUUAAACUUCUUAUUGCCCGAUGUAUUUGGAGAUUCUGAUGCUUUUGACCAAUGGUUUGAGAACAAGGAAGAUUCGUCUGAUCAGGACACAGUGGUUCAACAACUGCAUAAAGUGCUGAGCCCAUUUUUGCUUAGAAGGGUAAAGGCGGAUGUUGAAAAAUCGCUCUUACCGAAAAAAGAGGUGAAUCUAUACGUGGGGAUGUCAGAUAUGCAACUGAAAUGGUACAAAAAUCUUUUGGAAAAGGAUAUCGAUGCUGUAAAUGGUGUUGUUGGUAAACGAGAAGGUAAAACUCGUCUUCUCAACAUUGUUAUGCAAUUACGUAAGUGUUGUAACCAUCCAUAUUUAUUUGAAGGUGCAGAACCUGGUCCUCCAUACACAACAGAUGAACAUUUGGUGUUCAAUUCAGGUAAGAUGGUGGUCUUGGACAAGCUAUUGAAGAGAAUGAAGGAAAAAGGUUCAAGAGUGUUGAUAUUUUCCCAAAUGAGUCGUCUGCUUGAUAUUUUGGAAGAUUAUUGUUAUCUCAGGGACUAUGAGUACUGUCGUAUAGAUGGGUCAACAUCUCAUGAAGAACGUAUUGCUGCAAUCGAUGAUUACAACAGCCCUGAUUCAGACAAAUUCAUAUUUUUGUUGACAACUAGAGCUGGUGGUUUGGGUAUAAAUUUGACAUCUGCAGAUAUUGUUAUUUUAUACGAUUCUGAUUGGAAUCCUCAAGCUGAUUUACAAGCAAUGGACAGAGCACAUAGAAUUGGGCAGAAAAAACAAGUCUAUGUGUAUAGAUUUGUCACAGAAAACGCAAUAGAAGAAAAGGUUAUCGAAAGAGCGGCUCAAAAGUUACGUCUUGAUCAAUUGGUUAUCCAACAAGGGAGAGCGUCCAACAAGAGUAACCCAAUAGGAAACACUAAAGAUGAUCUUUUGGGAAUGAUUCAAUUCGGAGCAAAAGAAGUAUUUGAAAAUAAGACAAGCAACGUUGAUACUGAUAUCGAUGAGAUUUUGAAGAAAGGUGAAGAGAGAACCGCAACGUUGAAUGCUAAAUAUUCAACUCUUGGUUUGGACGAUCUGCAAAAAUUCACCUCUGAACACUCUGCGUAUGAAUGGAAUGGUGAGAAUUUUGCUAAAAGAAACAAUGGUGAUUCAUUUUCGUGGAUUAAUCCAUCGAAGAGAGAAAGGAAGGAAGCCGUUUAUUCUGUUGAUAAUUAUUAUAAAGAUGUGUUGCAAACAAAGAGUACACCACAGCCAAAGGCUCCAAGGGCCCCAAAAGUUAUCAAUAUGCAAGAUCAUCAAUUCUUCAACCCUGCAGUGAAAGAUUUAUUGGAUAAAGAACAAUUGUACUAUAAGAAGUCUGUUAACUACAAAGUGACCAGCCAUGACUUCGACUCUGAAGAAGAUGGAUCGGCUGGGACAAAAUCAAUAGACAAACGCCGUAAGGAGCUCCAAGCAAAGAUCAAGGCAGCAAAGCCUCUGACUCUUGAGGAGGAGGAACUGAAGCAAAAAUACCUUGAUGAAGCGUUUGGCAACUGGAGUAGAAGAGACUUCACUAAUUUCAUUCAACAUUGUGCAAAAUUUGGACGUGAGAAUGUUGAUCUCAUUGCAAAGCAAUAUCCAAAUAAAUCAAAAGAAGAGGUUGCCAGAUAUUCGAAAACCUUUUGGAAUCGUUAUCAGGAGAUUGAAGGCUAUGAGAAGUACAUUUCUCAGAUAGAGACCGGUGAAAAGAAAGCACAGAAGAUGAUGAUUCAGACAAAGCUACUCGCUCAAAAGGUUCAACAAUUUGAAGAUGGGCUCAACAAUAUGACUAUCCAAUAUCCACCAAACAAUUCGAAAAGAGUUUAUUCUGCACUAGAGGACCGAUUUUUAUUGAUAACGGUGAAUAGAUUGGGACUUGUAAGUGAUAAUUUAUAUGAGAGGGUGAAAACAGAAAUACGCAAGUCUGAACAUUUCAAGUUUGACUGGUUUUUCCUCUCACGAACACCACAAGAGCUAUCAAGAAGGGUCAGUACACUUUUACUUGCAGUCACAAGAGAGUUUGAAGGACCAGAUGCCUUGAAGAGAAAGAAGCACAGUAAAUGUCAUCUGGAUAAUACUGGCACUGCCACUCCAUCUACGAGUCGUCAAGGAACUACUGAGCCAGUACAAUUGAGCUCAACGUUACCAGCAAAGAGGACGUUAAAUACUUCACAAGAUCCGAUUAAGAAGCUCAAAGUUGAGAACGAAUGA